GCGGCGGAGGGGGGAGGCCGAUGAUGUCAUCCCCUCGAAGAGAAGCCCACGGAGAGAUCGUUAACGUCACGUUAGUCACGGUCUGCUACGCCGUCUGCUCCACAUUCACUGACUUCCUCCAGCUUCCUCUUCACUUUUUCUCGCCGGCUGCCUCGGCAGCGUUGCUCUCCUCUCUCAUCUGGACUGUACUCCAGUCGGGAUGGAGGUCGGCCUGCUCCAGUGCGUCUACUCAUCUCCAUCACAGUUCACAGUGAUGUAACCCAGAGACAGUUGCACGGUGGCCUCCAACCAACACUGGUGGCACAGGCCGUGAUUUGAGUCAAAGUCUAUAUAUGGGUUUAUCUGAUACACUAUGUACAUGAAAUUAUAAUUCAAAUAAUUGUGGGAGCCUCUUUGAAAGUAGAAGCACAAAUUCUGCCCCGGGGUUAGUUUUUUUUGCCCUCUUAAGCUUGACUAGGCUGUUUGCCAUAUGGUGCUGCGGCAGCAGGCGACAGCAGUCGUGCCAGCAUUAAAAGCCCACAGCUCUCCACCGUGUUUGGACAUUUUAAGAUGAUUUGAGGAUUUGCAAGUGAGGAGGACAUUUCGUGCGGCGAGUGAGCCGAGAAGAUUAAUGUUAGCGUAUGAACUCGUGACCUGUUUGCGCUCGUCUUCCUCCGGCAUCGUGAUGAUGGUCACCUACGUUUCCAGUUCAGUCUAGACACACACACGCACACACACGGAUUUACAUGGUUUCACAGACAGAUAUCAUUUGUGUCUUCAGUGACCACUUGUGAUCAGAUCUCACUUUCCCGCUCUGUAUGCACAUACACAAAGGGAGCGGAGCCGGGAGGGGUUGAGCGAGUCAAGGUGUUGCCCACAGCUCUAUGAAAUAAGAUUUUUUCUUAAAAAUAAAUGUGUGUCAGUUAAUUUUGAUAUUGUGGCCACAAAUCAAAUCGAUGAGAGUGAAACUGUCAGGGGUUGGUGUCACGAGUGGGUCGAGAUGGUGCAGACACAGGCGGGGAUAUGGAGGACAAAGGAACAGGUUUAUUGUUACUGAUAUUCCUGAGCAGAGGCAGGCAGGUGGAUACUGGCAUGAGACGAAGGCCGUUCAGGAUACUCAGGAAACAUGGCGUGGAAAAGCAAGGCUUCACUGGAGACGCACAGGAGAAAUCCCAGCAGGUAGUGAAUCCUCCCAGAAUCCCAUUUGGACUACGGCAGACGCAGAGGCCAGAAACCCGGACUGAGACCACCACCCGGAAAGACGUGCACAAUUUCUGAGGUGUGUCCGAGGCCGACAACAUUGUGCCGACAGCACGUGUCAAGAUGCAGAUCUUUGUGAAGUCCCUGACUGGCAAGACCAUCACCCUGGAAGUCGAGGCCAGUGACACCAUUAAGAAUGUGAGAGCCAAAAUCCAGGAUAAGGAAGCCAUCCCUCCAGACCAGCAAAGGCUGAUCUUUGCUGGUAAGCAACUGGUAGAGGGCCGCACCCUCUACGACUACAACAUCCAGAAAAAGUCCACCCUCCAUCUUGUGCUCCGCCUGAGGGGUGGUAUGCAGAUCUUUGUUAAGACCCUGACUGGCAAGACAAUCACACUGGAAGUAGAGCCCAGCGACACCAUUGAGAACGUUAAAGCUAAGAUCCAGGAUAAAGAAACCACCCCUCCACACCAGCAGAGGUUGAUUUUCGCCGGCAAGCAGCUGAAAGACGGCCGAAUCCUCUCCGACUACAACAUCCAGAAGGAGUCCGUCCUCCAUCUUGUGCUCCGCCUGAGGGGAGGGAACUAAGCAGCUCCUUGCAAACUGACAACUUGUUGGUGUGUUGAAAUAACAGCUCAUCCAGUUGUCAGAAAUUGACUUUGCAUUUUGCUCACGUUUGCUGACUUUGAUUUUGCUAAAUACUGGGUGCAUGUUUGAAAUUUAAAGUGGUCCAAAAUUUGGUAGAUCUUUUGAAACCUAGCAUUUGUCUGUUUUUUAUGACCUUGAAAGGGGAUCGUCGAACCAAAGUAAUGUUUUGCAUUUUUGAUUGGAAUGUGUAUGAAUAUGUAUGUGGAAACUGUAUCUAUAUUAGUGAUCUUUGUUUUGUUUUGUUUAUUUGUGUGAUGUUCAAUGUUGAAUUCCAAAAAGUUGUAUAUUCAAAGAGUAAGUUAUUUUGUUGUUCUGCUCAUUAGACUAGCAAACGUUUAAUCUUUCCCAAUAAGGACUUAUGUUUUCUACUGUAUAUGAUUUUUUUCAAUGUUGUGUAAUUUUGGUAUUUAGCCACGAGAUGUCACCAGAGACUAACUUGACUAUUAAUGCAACAUACUGGCUUGAUGACUGUAUUUAACUAUACUACUGCAGCAGUACGGUAUGGUAUUUAUAUUUUCUAGUUGAGGGAUCUAUGCAAGUGAUGGAACAAUUAGUCAAGUGAAUGUAGCAGCAAUGCCACACUGUUAAACAUCUGUGAUGAAUAUGACUUAUUAAAGAUAACCCCAGUGAGUGUUA